GUUGUAGGAAGUUGGGGUCGGGCAAGAAUGGCCCAAGUAGUGAGGGGGGACGACAUGGAGUUGUCUGAGAUAGGAAGAAGUGUGAGAAGGUCUUUUGGCUUGAAUCAUCCAUUACCAGAUGAUUCGAGCUUUAGGAGAGAGAAUUCAAUGGAGAGGAGAGACGAAGAAGAGAUCGAGUUACAGUGGGCAGCGAUCGAACGGUUGCCGAGCUGCGAUCGACUCAAAUGGACGGUCUUCGAUACUAAUGAUGGGAAAAGGGCGGCAGAUGUGACGAGGUUGGGAGCUCUAGAGAAGCAUGUGUUUGUAGAGAGGAUGAUCAAGCACGUUGAAGAAGAUAAUCAAAGGCUACUCAAGAACUUUAGAGAGAGAGUAGACAGAGUCGGACUGAAGCUGCCCACAGUUGAAGUAAGAUUUGAAAACUUAAGCGUAGAAGCAAAGUGUGAAGUGGUGGAUGGGAAGCCCCUCCCUACCCUCUGGAAUACAAUCAAAAGCAUUUUAUUUGGAUUGGUGAGGCUGCCUGGUUCAAAGUCAGAAGCAACAAUAAGUGUCAUCAAGGACGUUAGUGGGAUUAUAAAGCCAUCCAGAUUAACGCUCCUAUUAGGGCCCCCAGGAUGCGGAAAGUCCACUUUAUUAAAGGCACUUGCUGGAAAGCUGGAUGGCUCCCUCAAGGAAUCUGGUGAAAUUACAUACAAUGGGUACAAAUUAGAAGAAUUUGUUCCUGAAAAGACAUCAGCUUAUGUAAGUCAGUAUGACCUGCACAUUCCUGAGAUGACUGUUAGAGAAACCCUAGAUUUCUCAGCUCGUUGCCAAGGAAUUGGUAGCAGACAUGAGCUCGUAGCGGAAGUUACUAGAAGGGAAAAACAAGCUGGAAUUGUGCCUGGAUCGGACAUAGACACCUACAUGAAGGCCAUCUCUACAGAGGGAGUCAAAAGAAGCCUUCAAACCGAUUAUAUUUUAAAGAUUCUUGGCCUGGACAUAUGCUCCGACACCAUAGUGGGUGACAUUAUGCGUAGAGGCAUUUCCGGAGGAGAGAAGAAAAGAUUAACCACAGGGGAGAUGAUCGUCGGUCCGACGAAAACACUCUUCAUGGACGAGAUCUCGACAGGGUUAGAUAGUUCCACCACCUUCCAAAUUAUUCGCUAUCUGCAACAACUCGUGCAUAUCAUGGAUGCUACUGUCUUAGUCUCUCUCCUUCAGCCAGCACCCGAAACUUUCGAGCUUUUCGAUGAAGUCAUAUUAAUGGCAGAAGGGAAGAUCGUCUACCAUGGUCCUCGGGAUUAUGUGCUCCAUUUCUUCGAAAGCUGCGGAUUCAGGUGCCCCGAAAGAAAAGGUGCCGCUGAUUUCCUACAAGAGUUGACAUCGAAAAAGGAUCAAGCUCAGUACUGGUGCUUUAAUGGUGAACCUUACCAUUACGUUUCAGUCGAUGAAUUUUUCAAGAAGUUUCAGUCUUAUCAUGUGGGUGAAAGCCUGGUUAAAGAGCUGUCGAAUCCAUUUGAUAAAACACAGAGCCAUAACGACGCUUUGUCUUUUGAAGUGUUUUCUUUAACUAAAUGGGAGCUUCUUAAAGCCUGCAUGGCGAGAGAGUUGCUUCUAAUAAGGAGGAACUCGUUUGUGUAUGUCUUCAAGACAACACAGCUUGUAAUUCUGGCCAUUAUCACCAUGACCGUGUUUCUACGCACCAGACUGAAGGUUGAUGUCAUUCAUGCUAAUUACUAUCUGGGUGCUAUGUUUUACUCUCUAAUUAUCAUGACAGUUGAUGGGUUUCCGGAGCUGGCCAUGACAGUCUCUAGACUACCAAUGUUCUAUAAACAGAGAGAUUUCUACUUCUAUCCAGCAUGGGCAUAUGCUCUUCCAGCCUCGAUCCUUAAGCUUCCUCACUCUCUCAUUGUAUCAUUUAUAUGGACGUGCAUCACUUAUUAUGUCAUUGGUUAUAGCCCAGAACCAGAAAGAUUUUUCCGCCAUUUCCUUCUUCUAUUUGGAUUGCAUCAAACGUCAACUGCUGCAUUCCGAUUUGUUGCUUCGAUAUUUGGUACCUUUGUUGCUGCCCAAGCUGGUGGCUCUGUGUUUCUGGUGGCGAGCCUGUUAUUCGGCGGUUUUGUUCUUGCUCGACCUUCUAUGCCUACAUGGUUAAAGUGGGGGUUUUGGCUUUCUCCAAUGACAUAUGCAGAGAUUGGCAUUUCACACAAUGAAUUCCUAUCUCCAAGAUGGGAGGAGAUAACAUACGCAAAUAUGAGUGUGGGGCAACAAACACUUAGGAGCCGGGGGCUUCUCUUUGAAGGCUCCUUAUAUUGGGUUGCUGUGGGAGCCUUAUUUUGUCUCACCAUACUUUACAAUAUUGGCUUCACACUUGCUUUAAGGUACUUAAAUUCCCCCGAUAAUUCACAUGCUAUUGUUUCACGCGAAAAGCUCUCCCAAAUUCAAGGGAACGGAAGUGCUGAGAGUUCCACUCCUGAUCAGACUAGGGCCGGAAGAACGGUUCUACCUUUUGAGCCACUAACAAUGACAUUUCAAGAUGUGCAAUACUUUGUUGAUAUGCCUCAGGCUUUGAGAGAUCAAGGAGUGAAACAGAAAAGGCUCCAACUUCUUAGCGAUAUCACGGGGACUUUUAGACCCGGCAUUCUUACGGCUUUGAUGGGUGUCAGUGGAGCUGGGAAGACGACACUUCUGGAUGUCCUUUCAGGAAGAAAAACAGGUGGCACCAUAGAAGGAGUCAUAAAAAUAGGAGGAUAUCCCAAGGUUCAAGAAACAUUUGCAAGGAUAUCUGGUUACUGUGAGCAAACUGACAUUCAUUCCCCGCAAAUUACAGUUGAAGAAUCUGUGAUCUAUUCUGCUUGGUUAAGACUAGCCCCUGAAAUAGAUCAGAAGACUAAACUUGAAUUUAUAAAUGAAGUGCUUGAAACCAUUGAGCUUGAUGGGAUAAAGGACUUGUUAGUCGGACUUCCUGGUGUAAAUGGUUUAUCUACCGAGCAAAGAAAGCGGCUCACUAUAGCAGUCGAGCUUGUUUCAAAUCCAUCAAUAAUAUUUAUGGAUGAACCCACUUCUGGUCUAGAUGCAAGAGCAGCUGCUAUUGUCAUGCGUGCAGUGAAAAAUGUUGUGGCAACUGGAAGAACAGUUGUUUGCACGAUCCACCAGCCUAGCAUUGACAUUUUUGAAUCAUUUGAUGAGGUAAUUUUAAUGAAAAAGGGGGGUCAGAUAAUAUACUCUGGACCCUUGGGUAGGCAUUCAAGUCAAGUCAUUGAAUAUUUUGAGAGUGUUUCAGGUGUUACCAAGAUCAAAGACAAUUAUAAUCCAGCAACAUGGAUGCUGGAAGUUACUUCAACAUCUAUGGAAAAGCAACUUGGCAUAGAUUUUGCUGAGUUGUAUAAAGAAUCAUAUCUUUACUUGGAACGAAAGGACUUGGUUAAACAGUUAAGCACACCACAACCAGGUUCGAAAGACCUGCAUUUCGAGACACGUUUUCCACAGAAAGGAUGGGUGCAAUUCAAAACAUGUCUAUGGAAGCAUUCCUUAUCUUAUUGGAGGAGUCCUAAAUACAACUUGGUUCGUAUCUUUUUUGUAUUCGCGACAUCAAUAGUGCUAGGAGCUCUUUUUUGGCAACAUGGAGACAAAAUAAAUGGACAGCAAGACUUGUUCAAUAUAUUCGGAUCAAUGUACACGGCAACAAUCUUCCUUGGCAUACAGAAUAGUGCGACAAUCAUACCUUUUGUGACAACUGAACGAACCGUUCUUUACCGAGAGCGAUUUGCUGGAAUGUACUCUUCAAAGGCUUACUCUUUUGCUCAGGUGGUUAUUGAGCUUCCUUACACAUUCAUACAAGCAGUCAUGUUUGCAAUUAUCACAUAUCCGGCUGUUGGGUAUUAUUGGUGUGCCUAUAAGUUUAUGUGGUAUAUCUUCACCAUGUUCUUCACACUCCUUUACUUCAGUUGCCUGGGUAUGCUAUGUGUAUCAGUUACUCCAAAUGCUCAUGUUGCUUCCAUAUUGUCAUCCGCAUGCUAUGCCGUUAUGAAUCUUUUCUCGGGAUUCAUAGUACCUAGACCUGAAAUUCCCAAGUGGUGGGUCUGGUGCUAUUGGCUUUCUCCUACAGCUUGGACCCUAAAUGGCCUUCUAACUUCACAGUAUGGAGAUAUAGACAAGGUGAUCACUGUUUUUGGAGAACAAAAGGCUAUUAGUGCUUUCUUAAAAGAUUACUUUGGAUUCAAUCAUGACCUUUUGGGAGUUGUUGCUCUAGUUCUAGUUUUAUACCCUCUCAUUUAUGCCCUUCUGUUUGCUCAUUGUAUAUCUAAACUUAAUUUUCAAAGGAGGUAACUCAACCAUUUGUUGACUCAUUCUGUGGCCAAACCAAAUUUCCAUUAUAUAAUUUCCAUUUGACAUUUUCUUUGUAUUUCUUAUAUGUAGAAAUAUAUGCUUCUUGUAUCAGAUUUCCUUUGUAAAUUUGAUGUUUGACUAUCAA